UACAGAAAUGCAAAAUGACAGGUAACUUUUUUUUUACGUGUGUGUGUCGUGAUUAAUCUUAGAGAAAAAUUGUGUUAAAUUUCUGUACAAAUUGUAUGAAAAGUCAGAGUUAUUCAGCGUAUAAUUUUCGUAAGACAACAAAAGACAAACAGUGACAAGAGACAAGAGAAACUGGGAACUAAAAAUUGAAGGCACGAGCUACCGGCGGAGGGACCCCACAGAAUGAAGGAGCCACUCUAGGAGUAGAGUCGGACCACACCAGACGCUUCUUCUCUAAUAAAUCGAUUCACAGUUCACUGAGAUCUGAAAUCCGAAUAGAGCUACCUUUUCAUCCAGAUUCCCAGUUUAGGAACUCCCAAUUCUGGCGUUCAGUUUGCUGUCAACUCUUUGCUUUCUUGGAGUGGCAGACAGAAUAACCGGAACACACAACAUAUUCUUUAGCAAUCUGCGCGUACCUACGCACACAUAUAUAUGUAGAUAUAUGUUGUUUGGAUCGUGAGACCAGGCCGCGCGCAUCGGUAGCAAUGUCCACUGCUCUGGCAGCAGCAGCCGCAGCAGCAGCAGCGGCGACGGCAACGGCAAUGGCAGCGGCAUCCUCAACCGCAAUUAGCAACAGCAACAGCAACAGUAACAGCAACACGACUAACAACACACCGACGCCGGCAACAAAUAGCACUAGCACCACUAGCACCACCACCACUAGUACCACCACCACGACCACCACCAAGUCCACAUCGACAGGGAUAGGAACACGUCAGGAAGGAGAACCAGGAACAGAAACGCAAGCGGAGAUGAAGACGGAGAAGGACAAUCAAGCCGAGAUCCAGUCGGAGAUGAUAUACACGUCGAAGACCAUUGAACCCACUACGAAUCGAACGGAGCUGGAGAAGGAGCUUCAACCCAAUCCUGAUGCAAUGGAAAUCAACAUGGUGGCGGCGCAGCAGCAGCAGCAACAACAGGAUCAAGAGCGGAUCCGAAUUCGCAACCGCGACCUGGAGCAGAGUGCCCCGAAGCCACGUAGGCAGCGUAAAACCACGGUGGUGCAUACAUGCCCCCGCCCACCGGGCGGCUACAAGUACUCAAUGGAAUUCCUUUACGGAAUCGGGACCAGCAUGGCCGGUAUGACCCUGAACAUACCGACGCCAUCUUCGAUCACGCCCAGGACUGUGCGCACCACACCUCCAUCCCUCACCACCCACCUGCCACUUUUGUCCUCCGUCGGGAUGUCUGCCUCGCCGCGUCCCAGUGGUAGCUCGCCAGGGAACCGCUAUGCAGGUGGAGCCACUGCAGCCGGAAGUGGUGCGACGGGCGCAGCGACUAAUUCGGCGGGAUCAGCAGGUGGAGCAGCAUCCUCUGGGGUUUCGGCCGCUCAGUUCAUAUACCAGGGCUAUCUGCCCAGUGGACCACAGCGUCGCCUGUGGCACACAGAAAACGCCGUCUGGCAGUUCGAUCGUAAUUAUCCCUACAAUCAGGGUUACUCCUCGCAGUAUGGCAUACCCAUUAUGCCGUUGGGUUUCGAGCACACCUAUGGUGGCCAGAGAAUCAUCUAUCCGGGCUACUACAAUCAGGCCACGGGCGGACUGCACACCGCUCCGGUUCCGGGAAUGCCUAGAUCAAGUAGGAACCUAACACAGUCGCCGCACCAGACCUCUCCAGCACCGUCGGCGGCCACGACAGUGGGCAGCGAAGCUGCAGAUGAAGCUACCAGUCCAACUACGGGAAGUAGUCACCACAUAGCAACCGCCUCACCCACGCCCACUCCGGCUAGCCCCGCCACCACCUGGCGAUAUGGAAGGCCUGGUCCACAUCGGGAACGUCUGGCAAAUGUCCGUGGUGGAGCAGGAAGUGGUGCCCCAGCAUCAGGAUCUACGGUGUUCCACCGGGAGUCUAAGACCUACUACAACAGUACCACCGGAGGAAUGGGCGGUGGCCCGCGUUACAAACCACCCUUUGACCAACGAAACGUGGGUAGCAAUCGAAACUAUGUGGCAGCCGGAGUGGCGACUGGAGCGGCGAGCACGGGAACAAACACGACUGCAAGCCCCUCAGCCGGUGGCGCCACCUCCAGCGAUCCGUCAACAACGAACCAGAACCGCAACUUCCAAGGAUCGGGCAACAACUACCAGAGGCUGCGACAUACCAACAAGCGUGGCGGGAAGAAUCCCUUGGGCAAGGAGAAGACCUCCAAUUCUUCGGGGUCGCUGUCGACUUCCUCCUCAAAGUCCCAUUUGGGGCGACCGAGCUCAAGUACGUCUAUGUCGCCCAACAAACAUCCUCAGAGGACUUACCGGAACAGAAUGCGCUACAAUGCCAUGGAAUCUUCAGAGAGGAAGUCCUUGACGGUGGGGAUGGCAGUACCUAUUGGAACUUAUCAGCCACCCCAGCAGCAGCAACAACAGCAGACGCCGCUGCAGAACCAGCAGCAACAGCCGCAAUCGGCUGUGAGAAGGACCCCGAAAUUCCAAGGUACCUAUCAAGGACAUGCAGUGGACUACAACAAGCCAUCGCCGGCCCAGAGACAGACGUCACGCUACUACCAAUCCAGGCACAUGGACGCCUAUGUUUAUCAGCCUGGGCACUAUAUGGUGUAUGCCUCGGGACUGGGAGGCGUAGCUGGAACAGUGGCAGUCACUGGAGGCGGGAGCGGAGCAGGUGCAGGUGGACCGGGAUUGGGUGCAGCAGGUGGAGCAACCGCGGGAAGUGCGGGAGCUGGAGGACUAGGAGGAGGAGCCGCUACGGCCACGGCCAGCAGCGCCACCUCGGAGGGCGAGCAGCCGCUGGAAACGGACUUUGAUCAGCGCCACGAUUAUGCUGACUUGGGUCUGGAUCCAGGCACUGGCGGCUUCUCCUCCGACCUGGAGCCGCUCGGCUACAGCAACAACAGCCACACCAUGAACAGCAGCCACAUCAACACGCACCAACACCACCACCCCCACCCCCACCAUCAACACCCGCACCACCAAAAGCAGAUCAUCUCCGAGUUAGAUGCCCACUCGUGCCUCAUGUCCCACGCCAGUUCCGACGCGGAAGAGCCGGACGACGGCCAGUCAUUCAUCAGCCUGGCUCCCAGCCUAGACAGCGACUGCUCCGAGAGCGAGCUAAGCGACGCCUCCGUCGAGUCGGUGGUGCGAAAGAUCAUGGUGAGUUGCUUGGCACUAGCAACGGGAACCCAAGUCCCAGAGCUGAGUGGACCCAAUCUGGUGCCCUACGGCGACAUGCACCACCUGAAAGAGCUCGAGCGAAAGUCACAGCAGACGAACGGAUACAGGUGCCACCCCCACCACCAGCAAUCGCACCUUACUGCCACCAUGCACCACCCACACCUGGGCCUGGGAAUGAUGGUGAGUCCCCGGAGUAUGGGAGCCUGCUGUGGCGACAUGGAGGACUUCGGAGGCUACAAGCUCGAUUCGGAUGGCUUGGACGCCCUCGACACUGGCGGAAAGGCUAACCUCAAGGGCGGGUACAGCGACGAGGCGGACUCCAUUUCGGUGGCUUCGAAUUUAUCUUGCAGUCCGUCAGCGUGUUCAAGCAAGAGUACAGUGGCUCCGGUGGCCCACAAGGCUAACAUCAUAAUGGACGACUUCCAGGAGGAUGAACUGCCUCUGGUCAUACAUAACCGCUACUGGAGUGAGUUCUUCGGCUACACGCCCGCCGAUCGCUUCCUGCUUCGUGCCAAACUGGUGGAAAUGAGGCGUCCGCCCCACACAGUGCCCAGUCGCACCAAGUGGGAACCGCUGUCCUUGUCGAUCUGGAAAAAGUUCCUGGACGCCCAGCAAACUCGACACAUGUACAAGAUCAAGAUGCGCCUGUGGCGCUUUAUCUAUUCGGUGACAAUGACCACCUAUCCACGAUAUGGCCUUUAUUUGGUUGGCUCCUCGAUAUCCAACUUCGGGUCCAAGUGCUCCGACAUGGAUAUUUGCAUGCUCGCCUGUACGAAUCCCAAUAUAGAUCCCCGCAUGGAGGCCGUUUACAAUUUACAGCUGAUGAGAGAGCUGCUGAACCCCACCAACGUGUUCCAGGACUUUAAUCUUAUCGAAGCACGCGUGCCCAUAUUGCGCUUCACCGAUCGCCAGCACAAAGUCGAGGUGGACAUUAAUUUUAACAAUUCCGUGGGGAUCAGGAAUACCCAUCUCCUGUACUGUUAUUCCCAGCUGGAGUGGCGUGUCCGCCCGAUGGCCCUGACGGUGAAGCAGUGGGCCCAGUACCACAACAUCAACAAUGCGAAGAACAUGACCAUAUCCUCCUACUCCCUGUCGUUGAUGGUGAUCCAUUUCCUCCAGGCAGGCGUCAAUCCUCCCGUGAUACCAUGCCUACACAAGCUAUACCCAGACAAGUUCGGCCUUCUGCAGCCCUGUGAUUUCGGAUACGUGGACAUGAACGAGGUGAUGGGCCCGUACCAGUCUGAGAACAACCAGAGCCUGGGGGAGUUGAUGCUCAGCUUCCUGCACUACUACAGUAUUUUCGAGUACGGAAAAUAUGCAAUUUCUAUACGGGUGGGUGGUGUGUUGCCCGUGGAAGUGUGUCGGGCAUCGAACGCACCCAAGAACGAUAUCCACCAGUGGAACGAGUUGUGCAUCGAAGAGCCGUUCGACCAGACCAACACGGCCCGGUCAGUGUACGACAGCGAGACCUUCGAGCGGAUCAGGGCCAUAUUCCUGGCCAGCUACCGUAGACUGGAAUCCACCCGGAACCUUAACUCCAUAUUCGAGGGCUAUGACGGACCCACCAUUCUGAUGCAGCCCCCGACGACUGAGUCGGCGGAGAGUGACUUCUACGAGAAUCAGCUGCUCACCCUGAACAACCGGGGAUCUUCGAGGUCGAACAGCGAGAUGCCCUCGCCUAGGCCCUCGAAACUGAUGGUGGACAAGGCCACAACGGCCGUGUGGAGCGAUAUUAACGGAAAACCGGAGCAGAAGGAGGUGCCUCCAGAUCAAGUGAAUGUCCCUGGACAGCAGAAGAUGAACCUCCAAAAGAUGCACGCCAACUCAGAUGACUCGGUGGCCAACACAGCUGCCGAGCCACCACUUGCUUAGAAACCACUAACAGCGUCUCUCUCAACACAAAAAUCGAACUAAACUUACAGACACACCACUCAAACAGCAUACUCUCCUCGAAAAAAAACGAACAGACUAAGAACGCUCUAAAAUCAUAUAUAUACAAUAUCAAUACCGAUAAUUUUUUUAUACAGCAAUCAGAAUCUCCCCCUAUCAGGACGUAAAAAAAAUUGAAAGGUUGUGAAAGAAAGUUUUUUGUAGAAGUUGCCGAGCGCGGAUUUACACCGAUUUGAAAAUUUGACGUUGGAUAAUUAUGUGAUAAUGAUGAGUAGGUAGAAUUUAUUGGUAGAUUCGAUUCACCUCUAAGUGAACUGUCAAUGUGAAAUGACCAAAAUAAAAAAAAUCCCAGCAACAUGCAAUCCAUCGCCAAGCAAAGUCGGUCGCAAAAAAACCACUAAAAUAGUGAAAAGCAAAUUGAAUUCAUAAAUAUAGAAAUAGCUUCAUGAGUUUUGCGCACCCAUACAACGAUCAACGAUAAACGAAAACAAUUUUUCACAAGCUUCAAAAGCAAGAAAAUUGCUAACAAAUAGGCCUGGAAAAAAAUGUUAAAAUUUCACUAGAAAAAAAAACAUAAAAAAUUAAAUUUCAAAAUGUAAAAAAAAUCUAAAAAAAAAUACAAAAGAAAUGCAAAAAAAAUAAUAGAUAGCCAGCUAGAAAAAACGCCGAGUUGAGGUAGAGUAGCUAGAGUAGCAAAUAGUAGAGUAGAGAAGAGCAAGGAGUAAGAAAGCAUUUUUUGUCGAGGCAGGGACAUCAGUUUCAUACUUUAGAACUUUUACACUUUUUUAUGAGGCCACCUUUCGUAUGCUCCAAAAUCGACAAAAUGAAACAAAACCAACCAAAAAUCACAAAUACCCAGAAAACCCUAAAAAAAAAAAACAAAAAUCAAAUGAAAAUUGUAA